CUGCCGCAGGGAGGGAGCCCACAAACACAGGCCAUUCCCCACCCGCCCCUUGGGCCCUUCUGCCCGGGUGCUACACCCCAGGCAGCGCCCUGUGCCGUACAAGAGCCCGGGGAAGGGGGAGAGCCUGGCCGGGGGGCGAUGCCAUGGAGGCGGCCGAGGCCACGGCCAAGGCGCUGCGGGCACCCAAGUGCUCCCGCUGCCGCAACCACGGCUUCGUGGUGCCCGUCAAGGGCCACGCCGGGCACUGCCGCUGGAAGCUGUGCCUGUGCGAGAAGUGCUCGCUCAUCUCCGAGCGGCAGAAGAUCAUGGCAGCGCAGAAGGCGCUGAGGCAGCAGGAGACGGAGCCGCCGGGCCGGGCGGGCGCGGAGCCCGUUCCGUCGGGCGAGGGCCCCGGGGCGGCCCGGCGGGACGGAGCGCCCGAGCACUGCAGCCACGAGAGGAGGAAGGGCAACCAGCCCGACGGCGGCGGCAAGGGCACGGCAGCCUGGGGGCCCCCGCUGCCUCCCUUCAGGGACGACG